GGAGAGGGGUGUGAGAGAGAGAGAGAAAGAGAGAGAGAGAGAAAGCGGAAUAUUUCCACCCACCUAACAAGGAGACGCACUCAUAAACAGGCAAGCGGACUGGGGCAGAGUCAGAUAGACACCAAGCUCUCAGGACAGAAGCGGUUCAAACAGAAACUUUCACUGAGGACUCAUGUUCUAUUAAAAGGGAAGACAAGUCACACUGAGACACUCCAACACGCUCGCUAAUAAACACUGAGACACUCAGUGAACCACUGAGACACAUAAGCAAGGACGAGGCUUCACUACAAGUACUGGAGAGGUCCAGUAAGGACGCAGAGUGAAUUCUUAUCACACACACACAUACACACACACAUACACACACACACGGGUGCUGAGGGUGCUACCUUUUGUGAGGAGUAACCCAACAAGUGGAGCAUCACAGAGCAAGCGAGUGGAUGGACGCCUUCUGCAGACUCAGUGGCCUGGACCCUCUGUGGGACUGGAACCGCACAUGGUACACAGCCAACCCAGAUUUGACCCAGUGUUUUCAGAACACCGUUCUCGUGUGGGUGCCCUGCGUCUAUCUGUGGUUGCUGGCCCCCGUUUACUGCCUUCACCUUUACUGCCACGACCAUGGACGCAUUCAAAUGUCGUCGCUUUGCAUCGCCAAGAUGGUGCUCGGGUUUCUGUUGGCCUCCUUCGGCUUUGUGGAGUUCUUCUACAUUCUACUGGAGAGGAGCCAUGAGAUAGAGCAGCACAUGGUCUUCCUUCUGGGCCCCAUCAUACGCAGCUUGACUGUGAUCCUGACGUUAUGUAUCAUCCAGUUGGAAAGAAUACGAGGUUGUCGGUCCUCUGUAUUCCUCUUCCUCUUCUGGGUUUUGGCUGUUGUUUGUUCCCUGGUGCCUCUCAGAGCAAAGAUCCAGCUGGCCCUGGAUGAGGGCAUUGCCUCUGAUAUUGUACGAUAUCUGGCCUUCUUCUCCUACUUCACCAUCCAACUGGUCCAGCUUGUUCUGUGCUGCUUUGCUGACCUACCUCCAGAGGGAAAACAUAUCUUGGAAAAGAAUCCUUGCCCUGUGAAAGAUGCUUCGUUUCUGUCUAAGAGCCUCUUCUGGUGGUUUACUGGACUUGCCGUGAAAGGAUAUCGAACUCCGUUGGCAGCAGAGGACUUGUGGACUUUGAGAGAGGAAGACACGUCGUAUAAAAUCAUUUCUGAGCUGCAAGACGACUGGACGGCCGAAUGUGCCAAAAUUCAAAAGCAGGAGAAGGCCUUGACGUCAGGUGUGGCCCUGGGGAGCAGAUUACCUGACCAAGCUCAGCUCCUCAGGAAGCUUCAUAAGGAGCAGAGCUCUGGCUUUUUCCUGUUCAGAACUCUGGCACGCAAAUUCGGUCCGUACUUCCUUACCGGUACCAUGUGUAUUAUAUUCCAUGAUGCCUUCAUGUUCGCCAUUCCCCAGGUGCUGAGUCUCCUCCUGGGCUUCAUGAGAGAUGAAGAUGCUCCCUUGUGGAAGGGCUACUUCUACGCCACGUUGAUGUUCCUGCUGUCUUGCCUCCAGUCCCUCUUCAACCAUCAGUACAUGUACACUUGCUUCACAGUGGGAAUGAGGGUCAAGACAGCAGUUAUGGGCUUGGUUUACCGGAAGUCUUUGGUGAUAAACAGCGCUGCCAGGAGGACUUGCACCGUCGGAGAGAUUGUAAAUUUGGUUUCAGCGGACACCCAGAAGCUCAUGGACUUUGUGGUUUACUUCAACGCGGUGUGGCUUGCGCCUAUAGAAAUCGCCCUUUGUCUCUUCUUCCUGUGGCAACACCUUGGACCAUCAGCUUUGGCAGGAAUCGCCACAGUCAUCCUGAUUUUCCCUCUGAAUGGACUGAUAGCAAAGAAAAGAAGCAAACUGCAGGAGAUUCAAAUGAAGUUCAUGGACAGCCGCAUCAGACUCAUGAAUGAGAUCUUGAACGGAAUAAAGAUUUUGAAGUUCUACGCCUGGGAGAAGGCAUUCUUGGAGCAGGUUCUGGGUCACAGAGAAAAAGAACUAAAGGCCCUGAAGAAAUCCCAGAUCCUUUAUUCCAUCUCUAUUGCAUCUUUCAAUUCCUCGUCUUUUAUGAUUGCUUUUGCAAUGUUUGGUGUCUACGUGAUGCUUGAUGACAGAAACAUCCUGGAUGCUCAGAAGGUUUUUGUUUCGAUGGCGCUGAUCAACAUCCUGAAGACUCCACUUAGCCAGCUUCCAUUCGCAAUAAGCACAACCAUGCAGGCUGUGGUUUCACUAAAGCGCCUGGGAAAGUAUCUGUGUUCAGAGGAACUCAAAGUGGACAAUGUAUUAAAGGCUCCAAUGAGUUCUGACGGGGAGGACGUGGUGAUUGAAAACGGAACUUUCAGCUGGUCUGCAGAGGGUCCUCCAUGUCUGAAAAAGAUCUCUGUCCGUGUGCCGCGGGGUUCUCUUGUGGCCGUGGUCGGACACGUGGGCAGCGGAAAGUCCUCUUUAUUGUCCGCCAUGCUUGGAGAAACAGAGAAGAGAAGUGGCCAUGUCAGCAUGAAGGGUUCUACCGCAUACGUUCCCCAGCAGGCUUGGAUCCAGAAUGCAACAGUCCAAGACAAUAUCAUAUUUGGCCGUGAGAAGCUGAAGACAUGGUACCAUCGUGUGUUGGAGGCCUGCGCUCUUCUGCCUGAUCUUAACAUUCUACCAGCUGGAGAUGCAACUGAAAUUGGAGAAAAGGGACUAAACCUCUCAGGUGGACAGAAGCAGAGGGUGAGCCUGGCCAGGGCCGUCUACAGAAAAGCUGAUGUAUACCUUCUGGAUGACCCGCUGUCUGCCGUCGACGCACACGUCGGUCAGCACAUCUUUGACAAAGUUAUCGGACCCAAAGGAGUGCUUCAAGACAAGACCCGCAUCUUGGUGACCCAUGGGAUGAGCUUCCUGCCGCAAGCUGACCUCAUCCUCGUUCUAGUAAACGGCGAAAUCACAGAGAGCGGAUCAUACCAGGAACUCCUCAGCCGCCGUGGCGCUUUUGCGGAUUUCAUCCACACCUUUGCGAGUGCGGAGAGGAAAGAGAGCGCCAUACAAAGAGCUGGUUCCAGGAGGUCCAAUGCUCGUCUCAGCAUGGUGGACUUCAUGCCAUUCUCCCGAGAUUUAUCUCAAGAGCAGCUCAUUGGCGGUGACACAACUAAUACAAACCUGCAGAAUAUGGAGCCUGUGUCUGAAACCGAGGAGGAGCAGGUUUCUGAGGAUCUCGGCAAGCUAACAGUGGUUGAUAAGGCCCGCACUGGAAGAGUGAGGCUGGAGAUGUACCAAAAGUACUUCAAGACCAUCGGCCUGGCCAUCAUCAUCCCUAUUGUCUUCCUGUACGCGUUUCAACAAGGAGCCUCACUGGCCUACAACUACUGGCUCAGCAUGUGGGCCGAUGACCCGAUCGUUAACGGUACCCAGACUGACGCAGAUCUGAAACUAGCUGUCUUUGGAGCACUGGGUUUUGUUCAAGGCAUUGCCAUCUUUGGGACGACAAUGGCUAUCUCUAUUUGCGGCAUCAUCGCCUCCCGUCACUUGCACAUGGACCUGCUCGUCAACGUGUUGCGUUCGCCGAUGUCUUUCUUCGAAUGCACUCCCAGCGGAAACUUGCUCAACCGCUUUGCUAAAGAGAUUGACGCCAUUGACUGCAUGGUACCCGAGGGUCUGAAGAUGAUGCUGAGUUACGUCUUUAAACUCAUGGAGGUGUGCAUCAUCGUGAUGAUGGCAACACCUUUUGCUGUCGUGGUCAUUCUGCCUCUCGCAUUCCUCUACGCCUUCGUUCAGAGCUUCUACGUUGCCACAUCCUGUCAGUUGCGGAGGCUGGAAGCUGUGAGCCGCUCCCCCAUCUAUACCCACUUCAACGAGACGGUGCAGGGCGCCAGCGUCAUCAGAGCCUUUGGUGAUCAGUCCAGGUUUAUUCUACAGGCCAAUGGCAGAGUAGACUUCAAUCAGACUGCUUACUUCCCGAGAUUUGUGGCCACUCGAUGGUUGGCUGUCAAUCUGGAGUUUGUCGGUAACGGAGUGGUGUUAGCAGCUGCCAUUCUUUCUGUAAUAGGAAAGAAUACCCUGAGUCCAGGCAUAGUGGGUCUGGCUGUGUCGCACUCCCUACAGGUGACUGGAAUCCUGAGCUGGAUUGUUAGAUCCUGGACUGAUGUGGAAAACAACAUUGUUUCAGUGGAAAGAGUAAAUGAGUAUGCUGACACUGCAAAAGAGGCCAGCUGGAGCCUAGAAGGCAGCUCGUUGCCUCUGGCCUGGCCCCAGACGGGCACUAUAGAGUUCCAGGACUACGGACUUCAGUACCGCAAAGGAUUGGAGUUGGCUUUGAAAGGCAUUACCUUGCAGAUUCAUGAAAGAGAGAAAGUGGGUAUUGUUGGAAGGACGGGAGCUGGGAAAUCCUCACUUGCCCUGGGAAUAUUUCGAAUCUUAGAGGCAGCAAAAGGAAACAUUUUUAUAGAUGGCGUCAACAUUGCCGAUAUUGGACUUCAUGAUCUUCGAUCACGGAUUACUAUCAUUCCUCAGGAUCCUGUGCUGUUCUCCGGCUCCCUACGCAUGAACCUUGAUCCCUUUGACACCUACACAGAUGAAGAAGUCUGGAGUUCACUCGAGCUCGCUCACCUCAAGAACUUUGUGUCCAGCCUGCCUGAGAAACUCAACCAUGAAUGUUCCGAGGGGGGAGAGAACCUUAGUUUGGGUCAGCGCCAACUUGUGUGCCUGGCAAGAGCUUUGCUGAGGAAAACCAAAAUCCUGGUUCUGGAUGAGGCAACAGCCGCCGUGGAUCUGGAGACCGACACGCUGAUCCAGUCCACAAUCCGCACACAGUUUGAAGACUGCACUGUUCUUACCAUCGCUCACCGCCUUAACACCAUCAUGGAUUACACAAGAGUGAUCGUUAUGGACCGUGGCCACAUCUCAGAGAUGGACUCUCCAGCCAACCUAAUUGCACAGCAAGGACAGUUCUUCCGCAUGUGCCGGGAAGCCGGGCUGGUGUAGUUCUUUUCAGGCGCUCCAAUGCAAACUUGGCACCUUUUUUUUUUUGCAUGGCUUUUCAACAAAAGUUGAAGUAGCCCUUCCAAGCAUUGUGGCAGCUCAACCCCAGGGCAUUGUGAUUGACUGUCCAGAGAUACUGCCGACAUUUGUGCCUAGUCUUUGGUUUCUCACACACACGGAAGUUGUUAACCUCAGAUUAUGAACAUCCAAACAAAGCUAUAAAAGUGGGUUGCUGGAAGCGUGCAAGCUAUUAAUAAUGUAUAUGAAGAAAAUGGAAUUUUUCUAUUUGAGGAUUAAGCCAAAGCCUGGAAUGAAAGAGGACCGGAAUUUUAAAAGACUUUUGGGCACAGUAUUAUUUUUUGUAAUUUUUGGGAACAGUAUUAUUUUUGUAAUUUUCUACGUGUUAUAAAGCACAACAUAUUUUUUAUGUUUUUCUCAGGCUUUAACAUUGAUGUUUACUCUCACGUUUUCAGCCUUGAAUGACAAAAAACAGGUUACACUAUUUCCAUUCCCAGUCGGCCUCGUGGUCCCAGAAACGAGCAUCGACUCUGACAUACUGACCCUGCGGAGGGUUCAGCCUGGCAAACAUGAGGGAAGUGAGGUUUUCAUAACCGUCAGAAAUGAGCUUGAAGCGACCAAUUUAGAAUAUUUAUAUGACAGAGAAUAGGGGGAAAACAAUAGUGUGGGCCAAGGCAUUCAGAGGCUGUUGUUUAUGUCAAAGUAAACACAUGAAGUCCAAAGAAACCGUCAUGGUUAGUUUUAACUUGAUGCCUACAUCUGAAAAACCGCCAUGAAUGAGGAGAAUGUCUAUUCUAAACAAUAAUAAUAAAUCUUGGUGAGUGAUUGUCUCUCUGCCACCACCGCACAACUCAGGCCAUACAUAUAUAUAUAUAAAUGCGUAUAUAUACAGAGAAUUCACUAUUCUAUUUUUUUGCUGAAGCUACAGUGUAGAUACUCCUCAAAGACCUUUAGCCUUGAUUCCAAGAAUUAUAUGAACUUUUUUGUAGAGAAAAGUCAUAUACUGAUUUUGUCUUACUGGUUUAGACAAUAUAUUCAAGUAAAAACCAUGUAGUUUAUGUGGUAUUUCAAAAUUCUGAGGAUUGUAUUAUAUUUAUACUUUUUUUAUAACAAGCUAUUUCAUUUUUCACUGAUCAAUUUCUAUUAUUGUAUUGUAAAUGCCGGAUGAAAAUAAAUGUAUUUG